AGACCCUUAUCGAUUAUUUGAAAGAGCAGAAUCUUAAGCUCAAUGAUAAAAAGCAUUAUGAUAUUCUUCGCAAGCUUCCUGGUAGACCCAUAAUAAAACUUGCUAAAGAAAUUAAGGCUCUUAAAGAAAAAUCAAAAC